ACAAAGUAUAAAUGUUGUGAUGUCAGAACACGGCAACUUUGCUAAAAAGUCAGACCUUCACACGAAACAAAAAAGCUGCUGUUGACUUGUUUACGUCCUGUCUGAUCUUCUGUCUCCUUGUCCCUGCAGUGUCCCUGUGAUUCCAGAUGUCAGCAGUUACGUUGGAUUUCAGUGACUGUGGAGAGAAUCAUUUGGAUGUCUGGUCAGUGUCAGAGCGCAUGGGGAGCGCACUCUGUGGGACCGUUGGUGCGUGAGUGACACAUCCAGCCGGUCACAGCCUGCACAGUAACCUCAGAAACAGUCACGGUCCUGGAGGAGGAUGCCUUCCCUGCACCACGGAGCUAUCUUCAUCGGAGUCUUCCUCAUUGUGACUGGGGGGUCCACAGCCUUCCUGGCCUCGUACCAGAGCCGCCUGCAGGCUUUCUCCCUCUGCUGUGUGGUGCUGGGGGUGGUCAUGCUCAUCCUGGGGCUCUUCUGGGCAAUGAACAGCAAAAGUGCCGCAAACUACAACCACCGGGAGUUCGACCCAGAGUGCCCACAUUAUCCAUAUGACUACCCCAACUUCGGCAGCCAUGCCCUCUUCACACCCCCGGGGAGCCGCUUCCCAGAGUCCCAGUCUGUGUUUCUGCCCAGGACGAUGGAACGCCACAGACAUGGUGCUCGUGGCGAGGAAUUCGACUACCCUCCCAUGGACUCUGGUGGUUUUAGUCCAACACCUCACCCUCCUCCUUGGCUGGGACCCCCGCCUCCCUAUGAGGUCGCCAUCAAGACCACGUGCAGCUCCACACACCUGCGGCGUGCCUACUCAGACACGCAGCUGGCUUCAGAGCCCCUGUUUGGACAGUCAAGAGAAAUUAGCUUUGAGGUGUGACGCUGGCCGACGUGGACACCCCGCCUCUCUGUACAUCAGACCACAAGAUAAAAUCACAUUGGGGCUCACUCGGACUUUACAGUAGCUGUCUUUUGACAGCAACAAACUUCAUGGAACACUUGAAGCAUGCUUCUUUCUUGGGUCUUAGCAUGAUUCUGUAAUUACAAUGCAGGUGUUAGCACAUACUCAAAUAUAUUGAAAAUAGAUCACACCGAAUGCAGCCUUAUCAGACCAAAAUAAAGCACCUAAACACUUUGUCCUUAUGAAGUGUGUGGCCACUAAAAGCCACCAUUUUACUGUGUCUUGAUGAACAUUAUACAAGUGUUUAAAACCCUUGAGGGGAUAAGAUUCUUAUAUAUAAUGCACAAAUAUUAAGUUUGGUUAAGAUCAAUCUGAUAUUCCAGACAGGAAGUCCAAGAAAUAGUUUGUGAUUUUUGGAAAUAGCCCUUUUUGGCUGGACUGCAAUAGCAGGACCACUCCUAUAAUUGUGCCUGUGACUGACUGACUGACUGAGUUGCCCAUUUGUCCCUAAAUUUAGACUUUGAAGACUACAGAAGUUAACAAAGUCACAGCACAGUCUGUAAUUUAUGUGUACGGACAGUUUUUUCAGAUGACAAUAUAAAAUCAGGAUUUUAGCAGCAGCUUGGAAAUGGCUUGGACAUGUAGUCUUAAUGGACCACGUUUCAGUCAUUUUCAAACUUGUUUCGUUGUCUGAGAACAGAAACAGAGAAACAUGUAAAUGAGAACAGUUUAUUUGGAAUUCAGCUCUAAUAAGGGUCCCAUAUUUUACACUUUUCCAAUGUUUUAUUUGAUCCAUAAGAUGAUAUAUUUUAAGAACCAAAAACCAUCUCAGUGUAGUUUUACAUCUCCUCUCUCAGGCUUCUCUCUGGAGCUGUAGUAACAACAGGUUGUUGAGCCAAUCAGAAGAGAGGAGGCUCUGAGUCUCUCUUCUGAUUGGCUCAGUGUUAAGAUAAUAAAUGCUUAUUUUCUAGUGCAGUUAAUAGAGUUCUUUGCAAAGAUUCUAUUCUGAUACUGAUACAAACCUGAGCUUUAUACUAAAUUGGUGGUUUCACCUGAAGGGUUAAGAUCAUGUUAGUUUAAGGGAUCAGUUGCCAUGGUAACAGAAGCACACAGGAGAUCCAGGAUAUACUUAACUUUCAGAUUUCAGUGGUUCAGGAGGUAGAGCACAUUUUGUACUAAUCGGCAGGUCGGUGGUUUGAUCCUCAGCUCGCAUUUUGAAGUGUCCUUGGGCAAGAUGCUGAACCCCAAACUGAUGUAUCAUCGGCGUGUGAACGUGCAUGUAGGUAAAAAAGUGUUAUAUGUGAAAAGUGCUGUAUUAAUGUGUGUGUGUGAAUGUGGCUUCCAUUGUAAAGUGUUUUGAAUGGUUGAAAAGCGCUACAUAAGUGCAGUCCAUUUACCAUUUGGGUAACUGGAUAAUCCUCCUCUCUGGGAUUCCCCUGGUGUUGGCAGAGGACAGUUUUCUCUGUUUUGUAAAGGAAAAGCAAAAACGUCACUCUGAAAAAAUGUUUUCCCCAUCAGGAUUUACGCGCUACACCACAGGAUGGAUGUGAUAAUUCAUGUUGGGAAACUGGCACGCAGGCCCGUAGAGGUCUUUUAGUUUGUGUGACACACAUGUACUCAUCAGCUUGUUGAAAGCAGGCGAACGAUGACUCAUCUGACCAUAUGUUUUUCCACUGCUCACUAGACCACUGAGUAUUACAACUUGACCUAUUGUAAUCAUAGAAUCUCUCUGUUUUAAAGGAUCACAUCAGUAUUUUUCCUACAUUUUUAAUGUUUUUCCUUCCAGUUGCCCAUUGGUAUCCAUACAUGUCAAUGCAAUGUGCAACUCAACCUGCAGAGAUCCUAUGUUACUGUCAGGUACACUCAAUAUUUAGCCUUCAUGACGUCUAAAAUAAGAUGCUGCACUGCACUGAACUGAUGACCACAAAUAAACUGUUGUGAUCUUUGACAGCACAAGGACAACUGACUUCCGCUGCUGUGAUGGACACACACACACACACACACACACACACACACACACACCAAUAAUCCACAUUGAUCCCUUUAUAUACGUAUAAAUAUGCAUGCUCCUAUGAUUGAUAUGCUUUGCAACUCCUUUUCAAUCCCUGUGAGUAUGUGUGUAUUUAACUUUAUUUAAUAAAACAGUGAUG